AUGCACAGGAUUUUUAAAAAGGAUUUGCAGCUAACUGAUUACAAGAAACCAUCCUGGCACUUAAUUUCAUCAGAUUCUAAGAAGAAACGGCUCGACAGGGGUAAAACCAUAUUAACUGAGGUGAAGCGCACCGCUAAGAAAGCAUUGAUCUGGUCCGACGAGAAGAUCUUCACCGUGGAGGCAGUUACCAACAGGCAGAAUGACAGGCUUUACGCUCGUAAUGCAGGAGACUCGCUUGAAUGUAGCAAGAGUCAUUUCUGUCAUCAGAAGCCAACUUCACUCAUGGUGUGGGCCACAGUUGCAUCUGAUGGGUCCAAGUCUCCCUUGAUCUUCAUCGAUGUUGGCGUCAAGAUCAACAGUGAAGUUUAUACAGAAAUGUGGGAUGAGUGUUACCCUGGUUAUAUCUGA